UUUUCCAGCAAUCAAACAGCCGACAAAAAACUAAACAAUAAAUUUCCAAAGUUUCAAAAUUUCCUACAAAUUUAAAUUACAUACCAUUAAUUAAUUAGUCAAAGUUUCUUAAAAUUUAAAAUUACUCCUUCUUCUCUCAGCGUGGAUUGAUAAGUACACAAACAUCUGAUCUUCUUAUCUCCUGAGUGCUGAUAAGCCCAACAAAUAUAUUUACAAGAUGCCGUUCGAAAUGCGAUCUUCGGGCGGUCCGAACACCAAGUUUUUGGAAACUCCGGAAAUAAUUGCACAAUUCGAUUCUGUGCGGACUUGGUUGAACAAAAAUUAUAAAAAGUAUGUCCAAGCCGACCCGCCCACCAAUAAGGGACUCUCCGGCCUUACCGGUCAACUCUGGCAGUUUCAGGAGGAUCAUUUCGGUCAAAAUCAGGCUCGUCGACCUAUGACGAGAAUACCGACAAAAUUCUUCCUCGAUUUUAAAACGGGUGGAGGUCUGUGUCACAUUUUGGGAGCGGUUUAUAAAUUCAAGACGGAGCAGGCUUGGCGACGGUUUGACAUUCAGGCGGCCGGAAAGGUUGAUCGUCAUGUGGAAAUGUUCCUUCAAAUUGAAACGGCCCUUCUGCAAGCGAAGAUCUGGACCUUGCCCCGCAUCUUCUUCACGCCCCUCUGCCUGGAAAAGGAAAAGGGCUCGAUCAACAAUUACAAAGAGAUCGCGCGGAAACAUAAAGCCUCCAUCGUGGAGGAUGAAGAGUCCGCGACCCACAUUGUCUACCCCACCACCGACCCGGAUGAGGAGUAUGCACGGCCCGUCUUCAAAAGGGAUAAAUACGUCAUGUUUCACUUCUACUAUAUGCCGGACAACAGGGACACCUGGGAGAAGUGUGACCUGACCCCCAUCGACAAAGUCCCCCCAGACCAGCUGCCCCACCACUUAAUCUCCGCUGCGGAUCACAAAUGGCGCGUCGCCGCCAACUGGCUGACCGACAUGGAAGAUCACAACGAAUGGAUGAACGAGGAGGACUACGAAACGGAUGAGAACGGCGAAAAGCUGACUCAUCCCCUUAGAAUGACCUAUGAGGACAUGGAGGAGGUCGAAGGGGGCGGCGAAUCCUCCACCGAUCAAAAGGUCAAACCCGGAAAGAAAGGGAGAGGCGGAGGUCAAGCCGACAAGAGGAAACGGUCACCAUCUCCACCUCCAAAAAAUAGUGGGAAGCGGACAAAGAAGGGCGCAGCUGGGGGAGCGGGUUCCAGCGCGGGGGCUGCAUCAACUCCGAGCAAACAAGGCGCUAGUAAAGCGGUCAAACCAGAAUUGGAGGAUGAUUAUUCACGUGACUUUGAUGACCCUCCUAGCGAAAACACUCUCACGGAGGUUGCCGUUCCAAAAGUACCGGUUAAAAAAUUGGAAUCGGAUUUUACUCCGGUGAAGGGUGGAAACCUCGCCGAUUUGGAUGAGGACACUCCGCCCGCGGACAAGGGUGACCUCGACCUCGUCAAGAUGCCCGACCUCACGAAAGGUACCGAUCGUGAGAGUGGCUACGGAAAAGAGGACGCCGCCGAGGACAACGUGACCGAGCAGACACACUGCAUCGUCAUCCCUUCGUACGCCUCGUGGUUUGACUACAACUCGAUCCACACGGUGGAAAAGAGAGCACUUCCAGAAUUCUUUAAUGGGAGGAACAAAUCCAAAACGCCGGAAAUUUACCUGGCCUACAGAAACUUUAUGAUUGACACGUAUCGUCUGAAUCCAGACGAGUAUUUGACUGGAACAGCAUGUCGAAGGAAUUUAGCCGGCGAUGUGUGCGCGAUUAUGCGGGUGCACGCUUUUCUAGAGCAAUGGGGCUUGAUCAAUUAUCAGAUUGACACGGAUAACCGUCCCACCGCGAUGGGGCCACCACCAACGUCUCAUUUCCACGUGUUGGCCGACACUCCGUCCGGUCUGCAGCCGAUCAAUCCUCCCAAAACGCCGCAGCCUUCGGCAGCUAAACAACUGUUGGAUUUGGACAAGAAGAAAGACGAUGAGAAAAAGGGGGAUGGCACCAGCGGUGGCGUUGGGGGGACGAAAUUGGGGACAGAUUUCGGUCUAAAGAUCGAUCAGUACAGUAAAAAGAGCGCCGUUCUAAAGAACAAGAACGUCGCCGCGAUAACACGUGACUGGACCGAGCAGGAAACCCUCUUACUUUUGGAGGCGCUCGAAAUGUACAAGGACGAUUGGAAUAAAGUUUGCGAACACGUCGGCACAAGAACGCAGGAAGAAUGCAUUCUCCACUUCCUCCGUCUACCGAUAGAGGAUCCCUACUUGGACGAGGGGGUUGUAUCCAGCACCACAAAUUCGUCACGAGGUGCUCCCACAAUCCUCGGGCCGCUGGCUUUCCAACCGAUCCCAUUUUCCAAAGCGGGCAACCCAAUCAUGUCAACGGUAGCGUUCCUCGCGUCCGUCGUAGAUCCAAGAAUCGCCGCCGCCGCGGCGAAAUCCGCGAUGGAAGAAUUUGCCAAGAUUAAAGACCAAGUUCCUACAUCCCUGUUGGACUCGCAUAUGAAAAGUGUGGCGAAACAUGCCAAGUCGACAGGGAAGUUUGACGCAGCUGCAGGUCUGAGUGACAGCGGGAUCGCGGGGACAGCGCUGGAUAAGAAAAAGGAGGACGCCGAGGCAAAAAAGAAGGACAAAGAUAAGAAAGAUAAGGAUGAAACGAGCGAGAAAACUAUUAAAAAAGAAGUCGAGGAAGAACAAGACGACAAGAAAGAUAAGAAGGGUGACGAUGAAAAGAUGGACGUCGACGGGAAAGAAGGUGACGUAGUAAAAGCGGAAGUUGAUAAGGUAGCUGAUGCAGAAAAGCCAAAGGAAGACGACAACAAAGAGCCCGAAGACAAAGUUUCUGACGACUCAGAGGAGGACAAUUUAAUGAAGGAUGCCAACAUUCAGGCCGCCGCGUCAGCCGCACUUGCCACGGCCGCCGUUAAGGCGAAACAUUUAGCCGCCGUGGAAGAAAGGAAGAUCAAAAGUCUCGUCGCUCUCUUGGUGGAAACCCAAAUGAAAAAGUUGGAGAUUAAAUUGCGUCAUUUUGAAGAGCUGGAAACAAUUAUGGAUCGUGAACGGGAGGCGUUGGAGUAUCAAAGGCAACAAUUGAUCGCGGAGCGACAGCAAUUUCAUUUGGAGCAGCUGCGUGCAGCGGAAAUACGCGCGAGACAUCAUGCGCAUCAAAGAUUGCUGAAUGAACAGCAGCAACAGCAACAAGCUGCCGCUGCGGCGGCGGGGAAUAAUCCGGAAGCGGCCGCGGUGGCGGCGGCGUCGUCCGUGGCGACAGGGGGAGGAGCCGCGACGAAUGGGUUGCCACUACCUCCACCCGCAGCACCACCAGCGCCACCGGUGGUGGGAGGGGCUGGGGGUCAACUACCCCCGGCCGUUCCAGCGCCCCCAGUACAGUAAAUUAUUUAGUGGGUGAAUUAUUUGAUUCUUAAUUGUGAUGAUGAUUAGUAAUUCACGGCAAUUAAGUUUUAAUUAAUUAUUUAAUUAACUGAUUUCUUAUAUUCUAGUGCAAAAAAGGUGUUUUUUUAUAUAAAUAUUAUCCUUUCGUGUUCCUCUUAAAGUUUGGAUGGGAUUUUGUGGUGGAUUUGAUGUGUACAUUUAUGGUGAAUAUAAUUAAAAAUGAAUUAUACAAUUAAGGGCCCGGGGGAAGAUUUACUUGAUUUUAUGUUAGCAACAAUAAUUGCCAGGGCCCCAAGAUUAUUAUCGCUCUGUUAGGUUACGACCACAAUUAAUUGACACCGUUUCUAUGGGACACUCACGUUCAAAAGCUUUGGUUUUGUCACUGCU